AUGGCAGCGUUCUCCUCACAACACCGCCUUCCGUUCCUUCAUAGGAACUGGAUCACGGCGCUCAACUCGUGGCAAAACUUGGGAAGCAAACCCUCUCCGCCUUCUGCCACCCCUGGACACGAGCCGCUCAAGGAAGAAUUCGACAUGGGUUUCUAUUCACGUCCUGCCAAGCGUAGGCGCGUGACCGAGUCCACGCCUGUGUCUCUGUCAGACCCUGAUACGAGCUUGACGCCCGAGCAAAGCAUGGAUCAGUCGUAUGGACAAGUCCAAGGCUCACCAAACCAUGCAGACGACAUCGAGCGCGCUCUGCGUGUCGAUAUUCUCAAAAUUGAACACAGGGAAUCUUCGCGCGUCAAGUUUGACAGGGCCUACAGCCGGAUCGGCGAUCCCACUGGGAGCACUGAUGCUUUGAGUACCCAGGCCCGGUGCAGGAUCACCAUCUUUUGCGAAAGGCAGGGCGGCCUGCAGAUCUUGCACUGUGAUAGCCAGAUCUGUACCCUGAAGGCCUUCAAAAAUCCUGUUGGGCCUUCGCAGAUGGCCCGAGUUUACGGUGCCAAGCCCUUCAUAAUCCCCAAGGACAAGAUACUCAUCAUGCGUGAGGACGAUGCAGUCUUUGAUCUGGCCGAUUCCUACACCCUCCAGGUCGAGCUCGAGUCAGCUGGAGCCGCCGACUGGCCACCCAUCAACGUUAUCUCGCCCGUGAACGAUGUGCAUAUGUUUUCGCAGCGAAGCGUUCCCCCGCGCCACUGGGUGCUGUGCUCAACGGUCUACGACUUGUUUGGACCAGCCAGAUCUCACGCUCCCGUCAAGCUCAGGAAAGGACCCCAGCAGGGCUUGUCGACCGAUUUUGUCAUGACAGUUGAUGCCCGUUGGACCACAGGCUUCUCGCAAUCACUGGUGAACAAGCACAACGAGAAGGGCGUCUUGCCAUCAAUCACUGUGUUUGACCCUAAUGAGAAAAUCCCAGAGGAUGUCAACGGUCACGGCAGCGGCGUUUCCAACGGGACAAAUGGCCUGCACGAAGUCAAUGGUGUCAAUGGCGAUGGCAUGGUUCUGGACGACGACGACGAGGAAAUGGAUGGCGAGCUGACCCCUAGCCGAUCGCUUCGCACUAGGGGUGGUGACAAGGUGUACAACUUGAAAGUCCUUAGCGACAAGGCCCAAGGCAAAGAGCGCCGCAAGCGGAGGAAGCUGGAGAAGCUGGCCAAGGCCGGCAAUAGCAUCACGUACUUCUUCCCCGAAGAGCACUUUCCUGUGGACGGCUUUGUGUGCUGCCUCUGUCUUGCCCCAACACAGAAUCUCACCCAGCUACGAGCUCACUUCCUCAGCCAUCCCAACUAUCAAUUUGACCUUGAGGGCGCGGGUGGCCGUGGGGGACUUGCCAUUGCCGUGUCGCACAGCACCGAGCGGCCCGGCUCGCCUUUGUGGCCAAAGGUUUACCAACUGGGCAGGGCUACCAAGCCGCUUGACUUGGACAAGCUCAUAGACGGUGACGAAUCAUGGGUCACGUCGAGGUAUGGUCCAGACAAUGAUGCACCGACAAAGCCGACGGUCGCAAGGGUUCCUCAGAAACUCUCCACUCGCCGCAAGGACAACAGUCUAGUUGUACCCAGAACGAAGCAGCCUCUGUUCGAUUUCCUGAGCAAGGCACUUCUCGAGCCGGGCAGCGAGAUCCGUCCCGUUGUUGCAGACGACACUUGGCUCAUCAAUAAGCACCGCGAUACUGUCCAGGACUUCUCUGAUGUGGACCCUCCAGAGAAAGAGUACAUCAAGGAAUGGGAUGCCUUUGUCCUCAGGAAGCGAAUCUCCUCUGAUGCGUACAUCCCGCGUGCAAUGCUCGCAUUUGUCACCGAGAAGGCCCAGUGGCUGGUAGAGUCCCCAUCCCGAACCAUCGAGUUCGGCAAGCAUCUGAGUGUCUUGAUCGCGAGGAAUGUAUUGGACAAUCAGACGGUCAGCGAUGCGCUUGCACGCAUUGCCGAAGCGAGAAGCAAACUUGAGGACCGAAACUCCAACUUGAAGCCGACCGCCAGUUCGCCAAAGGAGUCUCCAUACAAGAGCUGCAAUGGAUGCACAGUCUGUGGGCUGCCCGUGCGCGGCCCUUCGCUUUUGAUCUGCUCGAACAAAGUGAGUAUCGAUGGAACCCCAGUCGAUCGCGUGGCUAUGAAAACCACAGUUGGCUGA